AUGUGCCGCCCAGCUGCUGGCUUUACCCUGUGGUUGCAAAAACCCGGUGUGCUGGCUGUCUGCUUCGAAAUCCCAAUUACUGCAGAGGAGGACGGGGGCCACUACGGGGUCCAAGGACUGGACCUGCUGGACGCCAUCGUCCGAGAGGUGCCGCCCGCCUUGCUGGUGAACUGCGACGUGACCAUCCUUGAGAACGGCAAGGACAAGGCCCUCUUCACGACCCUUGCGGGAACAAAAUUCGCAACCGUGCAAGAAGAUCCGCCCCCGCUGCUGAUGGCGGGCCAUCUCCUCAGGCACGCAAAGACACAUGCGGGGCUAUGGGCCACCUGCAGAGCCAAAACCGAGAAGAAUGAAUCUUUUUCCAGGGGCGACGUACCUGGAGAAUUGAAACUUGGUCUCCAGAAUGGGCAGUUUGUCAAGGUGAAGGCUCAGCAGGUUCAGAGCCUCCAAAAAAAGCUGCGCCAGCACGCCUGGACACAUGAGAGUGCAGCCACCGUGCUCGAGGCCAUCUCAGGUGCCUCAGUCUUCAGUGCCUCAGUCUUCAAUGCCUCUGAACAAAAGGAACUGAUGACCGCUGUCAAUGCCACCGACGAUGCCAAGAAAUGCAGUCUCAGGCCGAGACAAGAGGCAUCAAGUUUUAAAGAGUUCGUGACCGAGGGUGGUGUUCGUGCGUUGCAGGACGGUCUGGCCACUGCCUUCCAGAAGAUUGACAAGACGCCGAAGAGGAUGGUGAGCAUGGGACUGAUCAACCCGACUGAAGAGUUUGUUGCCCUCAUUGCUGCGGUGGAAGCUUUCCGCACAAUGGGUGGCCAAAGCUUGUACGAUGACCUCGCGUACAUCAAAAUCGAAUUGGAUAACGUUGUAAAGGCCCACGACGCCGAUGAACAAGUCGAUGCAAAUCGAGAUGGCAUCAGAGAUGUGGAAGCCAUGGGAAGCCAGGAGCUUGUUCAGCACAAGGCUAUGGUGGUGAUGCAAAGCAUCAAUGACCCGAAGCGACUGCAAGGAGCUGUGGGCAAUUUGUGGUCUGCAUACCUGGCCGUGGUUGCAACGUUGAGUCUUAAGUUUGCGCAAACGACAGCGUAUGCGCUGGCCAUUUCAGAAAUGGUGAAAUUUCCGGUCACUCGUGUUGUUGCACCUCCCUUGGCGUACGCUUUGGGACCAAGCUUGGUCAAUUGGGUCGAUGUGAUCAUUGACAGCACACUGAAGGCUUUUGUGAUUCUGCUGGUGUGGUUCUUCGCAAGGAUCAGGCUGGAAUUCGAAGCCACCGGCAUCCCAAAUGGGGGACCUGCAAUGGAAACGCGGCGUGUCCGUGAACGAGUAGCGGUGGCAUCUUCCUCCUUGCCCUAUUGGAAUGCUGAAGGAAUUUUCGCUUCAACUGGGUGGCCGACUCCGGUGGCCAGUGAAGUCAGUGCAUCCAGUCUUCCCCUUGCCCAAAAGCUGGCUUUGAUCUCUGAUGGCAAGGGCGAAAUCUUUGUGCAAAGUGAGCCCAGCAGUGAAAAUGAUAAUCCGAAACCAAGCCGACCAGGCCUCAAGGCAGAUCAUGUUGGCACAGCCCAACUGUUGAGCCAAGUGAAACCGCUGCGCCCUGAAGCUGCAGCCCGCCGCAAGCAGCCGAAGCAAGAGCCCCUUCCUGUGGCCUCGGCUAGUGCGGCGCAGAUGGCCUCGAAAAUCCGACGGCAACUGCUACAGAUGUGCCGGCAGGCAGGUAUCUCCCCGGGCCGGCUGCAGGUGGAAGAGGACCCACAGGAUGACCUGCAGGAAGAUCAGCAGCCAUUGGAGACCCCGCAGGAUCCCAAGGUGCCAGUGGAAUUUCUGGAGAAGGGAUGGCGCCCGGACUUGGCCACGCAGCUGCGGCGCGCCACCAUGGAAUGCGCACAGCGGGAGAGGGAAAUUCAAAGAAGAUCCAGAGCUGUGCAAACCAGGCAGACAAGAACGGUGCCGGAAAUCUGUAUCAAGAUGAAUCCGGAACCUACGUUGGUACCAAAGAGUGUCCAACUUGAGGGGUAUCACUGGCAGGCAGCUGCAAAAGUCAAGACUCAAGACGUGCCAAAAGGACAGCCAACUUGCCCAGAUAAUGGCCUGUUCCAGCAGGGUGGCCUGACUUCGAAUGCUGAGGAUGAGAUUGUCAUUGGUGGACAUCAUUCUGAGACAGGGGAGAUCUUUAGUGAUCACUUGGAGCAGCAAGCAGGCAGUCCCUCCCAGGAUAGCAGAUGGAGGAGCCGUGAAGAACCUGCAGCUUCUGUAAGACAGUUUGAUGGACCUCCCCCACACCAGACCCACAAGACCUCCCGAAUCAAGGACCAGGGCGAGGAGCGGUUGAGAGAGAAAAGUGCAGAGAUGUUGGGGAAGGAACUCGGCUUUGACAGUCAGCAGCCAUUCUUCCAUUUUGGCAACUCGGGUAUCCACAGCAGGUUGCAGGAAGCUUGGUCUGGACGAGAGAGGGCCAGACCCUGCGAGGUGCCGCUGCAAUCAAGAUCAGUCCAGCCCACCACCAGGGCCGCUCCAGGAGCCAGGGGCGGUGAGUCCUAUGACCUCACUGUUUUCCAAGCACUCAGCCGGAAGGCCUUUGGACCAGAACCCUUCAAUGCAAAAGAGCAGGACCAGCCUGAGGAAGCAGGCGAGCAGGACACACCAAGUCGUCCUAUCUCUGAUUUGAUGGUCUCAGAGACACCGGAAGCCAUGGAAGAUGGCCCUGAUGAGCCACACCUGGAUCUAUGGCCUCAAGAAAACCCAUUGGAUCACCUGGAAGUCGCACCAGAAAUUGGCCCAUUGGAACCAGCAGCUUUCGAACCUUCAGAGGCUCCCAGUUCCAUUCGAUCUCCAAUUCAGGACUCUGAUGAGGAGGAUCUUCUUCGUGCUGCCACGCCAGUGGAGCCGAAUGGCGACAUUUCAGAUAGUGAUGAUGGGAGAUCUCAAGAAUUACCUGACUUGCCUCCAUACCGCCCUCUCCCUUCGCUGCAAGGGGAUCUACCUGAUAGGUCAGGUGAUGGUGCUGCCCACCCAAGAUUGGCUCCCAAGCAGCUGGAGGAGCAAUUCUAUACCAGCUUGCAGAUCCUGGACAGUGUUCAUGAACAUUUGGCUCAGGUGGACCUGCUUUCUCAGCAGCGGGUGCUGCACAGGCAAUACACUGCUCAGUAUGAAAAGCUAAGCCAGCAGGAAAGAGAAGCGGGGCUAGAAGCGCAAAUGGCGCAACAGGCCCAACUGGACUCGACCAUUGCCUGGUUGGAAACGACCCGUCAGGCGCAGCAGCAACUCAUCCAGCAGUUGCAGUGCGUGGAGGAGGAUGCGCAGCGAAGCCGCCAAGCCUUCGUAGCAGACUACCAAGCAAGGGAGCUGCAGCGCCAGGAGGAGACCGAGAUCUUGGAAAGGGAACGUUUGGAAAGGGAGCAAUCGAUCUUGGAGCGGCAACGUGAGAUGCUGUUGCUCUUGGGCUUGACGGCAGCUUUCUAUUCUGGACUGCGUGGUGGACAAAUGUUAGGCGCUGCCACCGUUCAGAUCUGCCAGAAGUGGGGCUGGACAGACUCCCUGCCAUUCGUGAAGAAGCCUUUCAAUCCUGACGAGUCCUACUUGGACGAGGUUAUCGGCUAUCCAUUGGCCAUCCUUGGUUUCUAUUUCCAGAUGACGCACUACUUCGGCGUGUUGCCCUUCCCAUUGGAUUGGCUCUUGUGGCCCCUGAGCUUCGUCGAGGGCCUUUUGGAAAUCCAGGUGGAUGGAGAUGGGAUGGUCAUGGUCCUAAUGACGGAGAUUGGGGAUAUUCUGCCAGUCUUUUCCAGCUAUGCCUCCAGUGCCAGCGAAGUGGAUGGAAGGUUCACGGAUCGGAACUUUAGUUCCACCGACGCCGAUCUCAUCUUUGCGCGUGUUGUGCCCAAGGGGCAGAGAAGAAUUUCCAUCAUGGAAUUUGAGAAGGCGAUGGGUCUCAUCGCUGAGCGGAGAAAUUGCACACAGGAGCUGAUCCUGGACCAGUUUUAUCCCAGAAAAACUCGGGUAAAUAUUGUUAAAGAGGAAGUGAUGCAGCGAAUCGCAGAUGGUGCCGGACCGUCCUUGGAGGGCACUAAGGCAGAGGCAGUUCGCCUUCAUGAUGACAAGCACACCUAUACAGGAGUGCAUGCGCGUGGAGGGCCUGAUUCAGUCCCCAAGGGCUAUGGCCAUGUGCCGGGCACCGGCAGCCUCUCAUUGGGCCGCAAGGAUUCCUCGCGGCGGCCUUCGCUGUCACGGACUUCCAGUGGUGCAGCGUGUCCUCUGCCAAACCUUCUUGCAGCAGCGGCUUCGCCUGCGCCGGUCGAACGGAAGCUGAGCAGAUCCAGCUCCACGGGCUUCCUGCGGCCACAAGCGCUGGAGAAGGCGGCCACCAUCAGCCGCCGGGAGGGCUGCGGUUUGCUGGAGAAUGUGUUUGACGCAUAUUGCACGCCGGGGCAGAGUGAGAUGGAUGGCAAAUGCUUCGUGAAGCUCAUGAAAGAUAGCAAGAUGAUUGGCUCGCGAUUCACCACAACGGAUGCCGACCUGACCUUCGCCAAAGUGUUGGCCAAAGGAGUGCGGCGAAUUGACUUUUUGCAAUUCAAAGCAGCUCUCCUGAUAGUGGCAGAGAAGAAGAAUAUCGAAGCAGGGGAGGUUUUUGAAGCUGUGGCCAGGCAGUUUGCUGGACCACAACUUAGUGGCACGCGAACAGAGUCGGUGCGAUUUCAUGAUGACACCAAGCUGCAGUUUGUUUGUGAUGGCAUAUUGAAACUGAGGGGAAACCACUUCCAAAAAUUGAUGCUUUGUACUGUGGAGCACUUGUGCUGGGGCUUUCGUCACUUCGACACACCUGGAGAAUGGGACAUCAGUCUUUACACCGGUGUCCAUGCCAAUGGCGGCCCAGAGGCAAUCGUCAAAGGCUUAGGCCCACCAGGGUCGGAUCUGCGCUGGAAGCACCGGCAGUGCGCCAGUGUCUUCAUUCCGCAUGUGGUGAACCGAGGACUUGAUCUGGCUGGGCUGGGCAAGGACCUACAGACGAAUGCUGGGGAAGGGGACACAGAGCCCAGCCUUGGCAAAUUCGGCUGUGCAGUGCGGCUGUGGCUUCGAAUUUCGGUUGGUUUCACCGAACCUUGGAACACAGGGCAGCUGCUGGGGUCUUGA